AUGGCUCUCACAUCGUAUAACAUCUCGUCCAUCAACAUCGCUACCAUCACGAACCCCACGAAAUUGAACGCUUUACGGAACUUCGUCAACAGUCAGAGCCUUGACAUCGUGUGUCUGCAAGAAGUAGAGAACGACCAGCUCUCCUUGCCGGGCUACGUCAUUUUCUUCAAUAAAGACCACAUGAGAAGGGGAACAGCUAUUGCUCUGAAACAACACAUACAGGUGACUAACGUUGAGCGAAGCCUGGACAGCCGACUGAUUGCGCUGCGAGUACAAGACACGACGAUCUGCAAUGUUUACGCUCCCUCCGGUUUUUCACAACGCGCCGUUCGGGAGAAUUUUUUCCACGAAACGCUCCCCUACUACCUUCGUCAUAACACAACGAAUACAAUAUUGGCUGGCGACUUCAAUUGCGUGCUCCGAACAUGCGAUUCAAGCAGCCCGAACGUGAGUCCCGCUCUCAAAGCAGUCGUACAACAACUACAACUGCAUGACAUAUGGGAAAAACUAUGUCCACGUGAUAGUGGUUUCACGUAUGCCUGUCGUAACGCUCAGUCGCGCCUGGACCGUAUCUAUGUCAGCAGCGGUCUGCGCGAUCACUUGCGAGUAGCACAUGUUCACGUCUGCUCAUACACCGACCACAAAGCGCUCACACUCCGUCUAUGCCUCCCCCAUCUAGGACAAGAACAUGGCCGUGGAUUUUGGUCCCUUCGACCAUAUCUUAUGACUAAUGAAAACGUUGCGGAAUUCCAGUAUAAGUGGCAAUACUGGACCCGGCAGCGCAGAAAUUACGGCUCUUGGAUUGAGUGGUGGCUUUUGUUCGCAAAACCCAAAAUAAAACGUUUUUUCAAGUGGAAAAGUCGAUCCGUGUUCGAUGAAUUUCACCGUAAACAUCAGCAUCUAUACGGAGAGCUACGGCGCGCCUACGAUGGGUACUACCAGCAUCCAGAAAUGUCAACAACAAUUACCCGAUUCAAAGAUGAGAUGCUAGCGCUUCAACGGAGAUUUUCUCACACUUUCGUGAGAAUCAAUGAAACGCACGUGGCGGGAGAACCCAUAUCAAUAUUCCAGUUGGGGGAGAGGCGAAGGAAAAAAACCAUCAUAACGCAGCUGCAGACAGAGCAGGAGGCAACGAUAACAGAGUCAAGAGCGAUCGAGGACCAUAUGGUAACCUACUUUGCGACACUCUACUCAGAAGAGGCGAGAGACGACGAUGAGAACAAUUUCAUCUGUGAAAGUGUUGUUCCACCAACCGACGAAGUCUGUAUGAGCAGCAUCACGACGGCAGAAAUUUGGUCUGCGAUAACAGCGAGCGCACCACGAAAGUCUCCUGGCUGUGACGGAAUACCGAGAGUUUGA